AUGAGAAAAUAAAUCUUUUUAAUAUUUAUCCUGAUUUAAUUAAUUUCUAGCAUCUAAAGCUUCGAAUAUGAUGUUGAAAUUUCAAGAAAACUGGCAGCAUAUUCUUUAGCUUCAUAUUGCAGUCUUGAAAGGCUUUUUAACUGGUCUUGUAAAGAAGCAUGUGACAGAGUUGAACCAUUAAAAGACUUUAUUAUCUAUAAUGGAGAUAAGAAUACAUUGUAUUUAAUGGGUUACGAUGAUUUAUAAGAUGCUAUAACUAUCAUAGCUAGAGGAACUGUGCCUUGGAGUAUUACUAAUUGGAAAACAGAUAUAAAGACUGAAAAAAUAGAUUACCCUAAAUGUCAAGGCUGUUUAGUCCAUAAGGGAUUUUAUUAGGCCCUUUAAACUAUUCUCUAAUAACUUAAAUCAGAUUUCUUAAAGUUAAAAUAAAAAUACCCAAAUAGUAAAGUUUUUGUUACUGGUUAAAGUCUAGGAGGAGCUCUUGCAACUUUAAUUGUCCCAGAAAUCUACGAAUUAAAUGGCAAAAAACCAUUAGAUGCUUUUUAUACCUAUGGAAGUCCACGUGUUGGCAAUUUACAGUUUAGUUAAUGGUACAUAGAAAAUAAUUACUUUUCAAUUACAAGUGCUAGAGUAACUAACAACAAAGAUGUUGUUGUUUAAAUACCAACCCAUUCUGCUCCCUGCUUCUAUACUCACAUAGGUCAUGAAGUUUUCUACAAAAGUUUUAAAAAUGAAUAUGAAUAUACUAUGUGCGAAGAACCUGAAGAUGCUAACUGUUCUGAAGGUGAAAUUCUUGCUAUAAGUGUAAAAGAUCAUGGUGGCUACUUUGGUUGGAACUGGGCUUACGAAAUAUUUACGUGCUGA